CAAAUAACUCAACUACAUGUCAAAUUGACCAAAACGUGGACCAUAUUCAUUGUUCCUCUGCUCCAUCCCCUAGAACACUGUCUAAGUUUGAGUUUUUCAUGUCUGCAACAAGUUCCUUAUAGGAGGAUUCAACUUGAAUCAUGAAAAAGACAUAUCUGAAACACUUCUAUGGCGGUUCUAAUCAACAGAAGCUGUGUAUGUUCUCCAAGAAAGCUAAAGUUACUUGCUUAGUGGCCACUUUUUGUGCUUUUGCUGUCUGGACUUACAUAUUUGCAGGUGUUUCAUUUCCAUUCAUCCACAAAGACAGACUCCAAAACCAAGAAGAUUUUCUUCUUAAAUGCAUACAAGGAAAAUCUUUCAAACAAAAAUGUCCAAGAGACAACCCUACAACACAUAACCCAACAAAUCUCAACAACCAUGUUUGUCCCUCAUACUUUAGAUGGAUCCAUGAAGAUCUUAAACCAUGGAGAGAAAAAGGGAUCACAAGGAACAUGUUGAAAAAGGCAAAAAAGACAGCACAUUUCAAGCUUGUGAUUGUGGAUGGAAAAAUGUAUGUGGAAAAGUAUAGGAAGUCAAUUCAAACAAGAGAUGUGUUCACUUUGUGGGGUAUUUUGCAAUUAUUGAGAUUGUACCCUGGCAAGUUGCCUGAUUUGGAACUUAUGUUUGAUUGUGAAGAUAAGCCUGUUGUUCCUUUGGAUAAGUUUCAAGGACCAAAUGCUUCACCACCACCAUUGUUUAGAUAUUGUUCAGAUCAAUGGAGCUUGGAUAUUGUGUUCCCAGAUUGGUCCUUUUGGGGAUGGGCAGAGACAAAUAUAAAGCCAUGGAACAAUAUCCUUAAAGACAUAAAAGAAGGGAACAAAAAGACCAAGUGGAAGGAUAGAGUACCUUAUGCUUAUUGGAAGGGGAACCCUUAUGUUGCUCCAACUAGGCAAAACCUUCUACAAUGCAAUGUUACAUUAGAAAAUGAUUGGAACACUCUCAUAUACAUACAGGACUGGAUACAAGAAUCCAAUCAAGGUUUCAACAAGUCAAACUUAGGGGACCAAUGUACUCAUAGGUACAAGAUAUACAUAGAAGGAUGGGCUUGGUCAGUUAGUGAAAAAUACAUCAUGGCAUGUGAUUCCAUGACAUUAUAUGUAAAGUCUAAUUACCAUGAUUUUUUCAUCAGAGGCAUGGUGCCAUUACAACAUUAUUGGCCUAUUAGAAACAAUAGUAAAUGCACCUCUCUUAAGUUUGCUGUGGAAUGGGGAAACAAUCACACUCAUAAGGCACAGUCAAUAGGGGAGGCAGGUAGCAAAUUCAUACAAGAGGACUUAGACAUGAAAAAUGUAUACAAUUACAUGUUUCAUCUACUAAAUGAAUAUGCAAAGCUUUUGAAGUUCAAACCAACUAUACCUAGAGGAGCUGUGGAAAUUUGUCCUGAAAAAUUAAUGGCAUGUGAUGUAAUAGGUGGUAACAAAAUGAGGUUUAUGGAAGAGUCAAUGGUGAAGGUUCCUAGUGAUUCAAAUCCAUGUACUAUUCCUCCUCCAUAUGAACCUUUAGCUUUAGAAGAAUUUUUAGGGAGAAAAGCAAAUUCAGUAAUGCAGGUAGAAAUUUGGGAAGAUGAAUAUUGGCAGAGUAAAAACAAGGGACAAUAGUUUUGGAUUAGUUGUUCCUUUUUUUAAUAGGAAUUCACAUUCUUGUUUUUGUAGUUCCUUUUUGAUCCUAAAGGAUGAUAAAUGUAUAUGCAAUUGCUCAAAGCUUUUAUGAUAUGUUUUAUAGCGAUGAUGAUACGCAGGACCCUUAAAUUA